AUGGCAGGCAGCUGCUCGCCCGAAGCGGACAACUCGUUUGGACCGGUCAUCGCCUGUCCAGCGAUCUUUGACUUCACUCUGCUUUUCGAACAAAGUAUUCUAGCCAUCGGCCCAUCGGCCAUUUUCCUCCUCGUGGUUCCUUGGCGGAUCUGGUCGCUCUACACAGAAAACAUCAAAACGGUCGCCAACAAGGCCCAUUGGGGCAAGCUUGCUGUUGCGUUAUGUCUUGUCGGUCUACAAAUCACCUCGGUGGUCGAAUGGGCGCGCCACAACCUCACCAGGACGGCCAUCCCUGCCAUCGUCCUAUCGCUGGUCGACUCCAUAAGCAUCACUGUCCUAACCGCCCUCGAACAUGAUCGCUCACUGCGCCCGUCAUCGCUUCUGAGCAUCUAUCUUCUGCUAUCAACGCUCUUCGAUGCCGUGCAAGUGCGCACCUUAUUCAUCCGGCACUUCCCAUCUCCUUUGGAAGCACUAGCUGCCGCAUCCGUUGCAUUGAAGCUUGUUCUACUGAUGUUGGAAGCCCAAAGUAAACGCAAGUAUCUGAAGUCACCAUAUCGUGUCGUCUCGCCCGAGUCGACCAGUGGAAUCUUCGCUCGCACUGUCUUCUGGUGGCUCAACGGCCUAUUUCUUAGAGGGUUCCGAAAGCUUCUGACGGUCGAGAAUCUAUUUCCAACGGACGAAGCCUUGAACUCAAGCCGUCUGGGACGGAGAAUUCGAAGAGCGUGGGGCAAAUACAAAUCAUGCCAUACACGCAGCCUGAUAUUCGCCACCGUGAUCAGUCUACGUUGGGCAAUCCUUCGAACGAUAUUCCCGAGACUAUGUCUGAUCGGAUUCAGCUACGCGCAGACGUUUUUUAUCCAGCGUGCAAUCGAGCAUCUACACAGACCCGACACCCAGCUGACAAAAAACGAGAACUAUGGCUUGAUCGGGGCCGCAGCGCUUAUCUAUGGAGGAAUUGCAAUAUCGACGGUGCAUUACAAACACCAACUAUUUCGGAUGAUCACUAUGUUCCGAGGCGCAGCCGUUGCAUUGGUCUACGACCACACUAUGGUCCUUACGGAUGGCCCCCGCGAUGAUUCGGCUGCUGUAACCCUUAUGAGCACUGACGUUGACAUGAUCGCACGGUCGCUCGAGCAAAUCAGUGAGACAUGGGCUCGAUUGGUGGAAAUUGCCAUUGGUAUCUGGCUCUUAGAGCGACAGCUUGGUGCCGUUUGCGUCGCCCCAAUUCUUGUGAUUAUCCUGUGUACAUCCGUCCAGACGUAUAUGGCAACUUUUAUGCCUGCAAGGCAGAAGGUCUGGGUCGGCGCUAUCCAGCGCCGUGUGAGCAUAAUUUCCACGGCCCUGCGGUCGAUGAAAAGCGUCAAGAUGCUUGGACUAUCUGAGACGCUCGCCGCAACUCUUCAGGCACAAAGAGAGAGAGAGCUGGAUUUGUCUAAAGACUUCCGAUGGUUAAUCGUGUGGCUGAACGUGGUUGCGAGUCUGCCUCAAAUGUGUGCCUCUCUCGUCACAUUCGCGGCUUUCGUUAUCCGUGCAAAGAUCGAUCAUUCAGAUACACUGUCAACCGUGCAGGCUUUCACAUCCCUUGCAAUCAUCAGUCUCAUCACGAGCCCGGCGCUACAGCUCCUGGCGUCGAUCCCGGCCGUGACAGCCGCUUUGGGUGCUUUUGACCGCAUCCACAAAUUCCUUGCUUCUCCUUCUGUGGAACCCUCACUGUCAGAGGAUGACCUCGACCAUGAAACAGAUAGCUCUAGUGGUAACGGAUCAACGGUGGAAUUGAAAGCAUUGGCACCCAAGACACAGCCCAAUUCCGACCAGAUUGUUCUGCAGAUGACCGACGCGUAUAUUCAUCCGAUUCCUGGAUCUGACUUCUCUCUAGCAGAGAUCAACUUCACAAUCAAGGGAGGCACUGUAACGAUGCUUAUUGGUCCUGUUGGGAGUGGAAAGUCUACCCUUUUGAAAGCAGCGCUGGGUGAACUGCCCUGUGGGCGAGGAACGAUCACAAGAGCAUGGCGAGAUGCUGGCUACUGCAGCCAAAAUCCCUGGCUUCAGAACACCACCAUUCGCAAUAAUAUCUGUGGUUACUCAGAGAUGGACGUCAAAUGGUACAAAGAGGUACUGAGGGCAUGUGCGUUGGAGCAGGAUGUCUCCCGAAUGCCGCAGGGUGAUAAGUCUGUGGUCGGCAGUGGGGCGCUGAAGCUGAGCGGAGGACAGAAGCAGCGUCUCGCAAUCGCUCGAGCCAUUUAUUCACGGAAAGGGCUUUUGGUACUUGACGAUGCCCUGAGUGCUGUUGAUAUGAAGACGGCACAGUAUGUGCUUGAGGCCUGUUUUGGUCGCAAUGGAGUCUGCCGGCAAAUCGGUACGACUGUAAUGAUGGCAACUCAUACAGACCAACAUUCGCAUGUCGCGGAUCAGAUCGUCAUGCUGAGCUCGAACGGACGUAUCGAGAAGCAAGGCUCUGUGCGGAGUUUGGGUUUGAUCUCGCAACCAAUUACACAUGCGACGGAGGCCAGCUCGGAAACCCCGACAGCCGGAGAUGAGAGUGAAGACAAGUCUGCCUCUACAAAAAAGAGGGAAACCCUCACUGUUGAUGACAUAGCAGAUAAAGCUCGCCGCACAGGCGAUGUUGCAGUCUAUACGUACUACAUGAGGGCCAUCGGAUGGCCGAGCAUCUUGGCAGCUUGUCUGAUUAUUGUCGUGCAUACAUUCUCCUCUACCUUCCCCCAGGUGUGGCUGGAACUGUUCACAAACGACGAUGGACAACAAGCCGCCCAGUUUAUUGGUAUCUACGUUCUGCUUGCCGUAGCUGCCUCAGGGCAAAUCAUGAUCAAGAUCGUCAUCAAAUCGGGAUUGGAGCUGCACCGGGUGCUUGUCCGGACUGUAGUCGAUGCGCCGAUGUACUUCUUUGCUGGGGUUGAUUCCGGCGUCAUCUUGAAUAGGUUCAGCCAGGACAUGACCCUUGUAGAUGCCGUCCUACCCACCAUGGCUUUUGGAACGGUACUGAGUGUUGCGCAAUGCUUUGCCCAGGUCGCACUGAUAUCGCUGGGCUCGAGCUACAUGGCUGUGACGAUAAUCCCGUGUUUGCUGGUGUUAUACUGCGCGCAGAAAGUGUACCUGCGAACUUCCAGGCAGCUCCGAUUUCUCGAUCUCGAAGCUAGAAGCCCACUCUACACACUGUUUGUGGAGACUCUCGAGGGUCUGUCUACUGUCCGAGGCCUUGGAUGGCAACGGUCAUUUGUGGCAGAGUGCUUACGCCGACUCGAUGAUUCGCAAAAGCCAUACUAUCUUCUCUACUGUAUUCAGCGGUGGCUCAACGUCGUCCUCGAUCUCCUCGUUGCCGUGCUGGCUGUGAUACUCAUCGCACUAGCCACGUCGUUGCGGAACUCCACUGAUCCAGGAAAGCUCGGAGUCUCCUUGACCGCAAUUAUGGCUUUCAGUCAGACUCUGCAAGAGGUGGUGUCCAGUUGGACCUCUCUGGAGACCUCCCUUGGUGCGAUUGCAAGGACAAGGUCUUUCGAGAUGAAAACGCCUUCUGAGCAUGAUGCUCGGGAAAGGGUGGUUCCGCCACCAAGCUGGCCUGCUGAUGGACGGAUUGAGAUCAAUGCUCUUUCUGCCUCAUAUGACGGGAGCACGCGCGCAUUAGACAAUGUGUCUCUGAGCAUCGAAGCCGGAGAGAAAGUGAUGAUCUGUGGACGAACUGGCAGCGGCAAGAGCACGCUCAUCUCGGCCCUCCUGCGUCUUUUCGACCCUCUAAGCGGCACGAUCUCCAUCGACGGCAUGGACAUCUCCACCAUUCCCCGCAACGAGCUUCGCUCCCGCGUCGUCGCUAUCCCGCAGGACCUUUUUCUCCUUCCGGGCUCGAUCCGCUUCAACCUGGAUCCCACCGGCCGUGCAACGGACUCGACUCUGCUUUUAGCCUUGGAAAGAUGCAACCUUCUGGCUGUGGUUACAUCGCGCGGAGGCCUGGACGACGAAUUGACGUCUGCCUCCAUGUCGCAAGGCGAGCAGAGGCUGUUCGCGCUGGCUGGUGCUCUGGUGCGCAAGUGGAGUCGAGAGCGCCACUCUGCUGGAGGAGAAGGUGGGGGCGGCAUCUUGAUCCUGGAUGAGGCGACUAGUGGGACUGAUGCGGCGACUCAUGCUUUGAUGCAGCAGGUGGUAGACGAAGAGUUUAGGGGGUAUACCGUACUGCAGAUCUCGCACCGGCCUGAUGAGAUCCGGGGUGUUGAUCGGAUGGUCGAGAUGAAGGAUGGGCGGGUGGUGCAGGGGUAG